CAUGGCCGCGGCCGGGCGCCUCCUCCCGCGCCGGCCUCUCCCGCCUCCAACGCCCCCGCUUCCGCUUCCGGCCGCGAACCCGCUCCCCCGGCGCGCCGCGCCGCUCGUCCGUCAUGGCCAGCUACACCAAGGCGGCCCAGCAAUGGGCUACCUUUGCCAGAGCCUGGUAUCUCAUAGAUGGGAAGAUGCAACCACCCGGAAAACUUGCAGCCAUGAGUGUAAUCAGACUUCAGGGGAAGCAUAAACCUAUGUAUCAUGCACUAAGUGACUGUGGAGACCAUGUUGUCAUAAUAAACACAAGACACAUUGCAUUUUCUGGUAACAAAUGGGAACAGAAAGUAUAUUCUUCUCACACAGGUUAUCCAGGUGGCUUAAAACAAGUGACAGCAACGCAGCUUCACCUAAAAGAUCCAACAGCAAUUGUUAAACUGGCUAUUUAUAGAAUGCUUCCAAAGAACCUGCACAGAAGAACUAUGAUGCAGAGGCUGCACCUCUUUCCAGAAGAUGUUAUCCCAGAAGACAUACAUAAUAAUCUUGUAGAGGAGCUUGCUCAGCCACGCCGAAUCCCCAAGAGGUUAGAUGAGUACACACAAGAAGAAAUAGAUGCCUUCCCAAUGCUCUGGACUCCAUUAAAACUGCAGCUAUGCAGAUCAAUUUUCUUAUCCUCCUCAAAUUAAGAUAUGCAUGGCACACGUGCUAGAAAAUGAGAGGCCCAUUAAUAUGAAGUAGACAAGCAGGGUAAAAAUGGAAAUAUUUUACGCAAUACUUUGAAAACAGGAAUAUUGUUGAGAUACAGCAGAGUGAAUUAAAAAAGACCUAAAGAUUAUCGAAAAAUGUGAAAAAGAACUGAAAGAGGAACUGAUGUUUUUCCUGCAAAGGAUGAGUUCCAGUAUCACAUUAACUUGGAAACCCACAUGCAUCUUAAUCAUCCAUUCUAUGUAGAGGACAGAUUUUUUUUUCAGGUACAAAGCAAAUUUGUUUGGGGAAGAUCAGUCAUCUUUAGUGUAAUGGAAACACCAAGCUAAACGCUGAUAUAGUAUUUCUGACGUUAACUGUUCCAGAAUGUAUUGUAUGAAUCUGGCCUUUGAUGUUGAAUGUUAAUAAAAGGAUUUUUUUUAUUUCUCU